AUGGGCUGUACUAGUAGUAAACAAGACAUAGAUCAUCCGGUCUCUACUACAGCAACCUCCUCCUCUUCCUCUCCGACUAGAACGCCUCGGACUCCCCUCAAAGGGGAUGUCCGAGAGCAUCAGCGUAAAGGUGUUAUACCCCCUUGGGAUGAACUAAUGGGGAAAAAGAGGAUUGUGGAGGAACGUAGAAAACGAAGGGGAAAAGAAGAUGAAGAAAUGCAACAAUUUGAAGGUUCGAUUCAGGAUGGCCCCGAUAGCAAUGCUGCGACUGCUGCUGUUGCUAUGCAUCAGUCCGAGAGGUUCAGGAUUAUCAUCUUAUACGACCCCAAGAGGUGGUGUGUCGUCGUCGGCCUAUUACCCUCAACCGAGCCCCAGAGGAUCUACGCCGAGAGUCGGGGUGACUACUCCAAGAGGAAGGGCAUCAGUUGUUGA